AUAAUUCAGUCGCAGCCAUUGGUGUUAGGUACAUUAAAAUUUCUCUCUCCAUCUUGGAUGCUAGUCAUCAUGCAAACUAGAAAGUGCAUUUCUAAUAUAUACGCAUAUAUGAAUGGUGGCUUAAGGAUUAUCACAAAACCAAAAAACAAGAAAACAGUAAAGGAUACGAACCAGACGCUUCCCCUGUGAAAGCUGUGGUGGGGUAGGUUGCUAGGAAAAAAAAUCGAAGAUUCAGUUUGUGAAGAAAACAUACCGCUAUAGGUACUGGAGUUGCUGCACCUGAUUUGACAGAGAGUUAAAAAUGGUAAUGAGAAGAGUGGAUCUCCGGUCUGACACUGUCACUAAACCAACUGAAACCAUGCGGGCAGCAAUGGCUAGUGCUGAAGUUGAUGAUGAUGUACUGGGUUACGACCCAACGGCCGCUCGCCUUGAAACGGAGAUGGCAAGAAUCAUGGGCAAGGAAGCAGCACUAUUUGUCCCUUCAGGCACAAUGGCUAACCUGAUUUGUGUGCUCACUCACUGUGCAAUUCGGGGAAGUGAAGUCAUUCUCGGGGACUAUUCUCAUAUCCACAUUUAUGAAAAUGGAGGCAUUUCCACAAUUGGAGGCGUUCAUCCAAGGACAGUGAAAAAUAAUGAAGAUGGGACAAUGGAUAUUAAUCAAAUUGAAGCAGCUAUAAGAGAUCCUACAUUUGAGAUCUGUUAUCCAACUACUAGGCUCAUCUGCUUGGAGAAUUCGCAUGCACACUCAGGUGGGAGAUGUCUUACAGUAGAGUAUACAGACAAAGUUGGUGAGCUAGCAAAGAAGCACGGUUUGAAGCUUCACAUUGAUGGGGCUCGUAUCUUCAAUGCAUCAGUGGCACUUGGAGUUCCUGUUCACAGGCUUGUGCAAGCAGCUGAUUCAGUAACGGCUUGUUUAUCAAAAGGUCUUGGUGCUCCAGUUGGAACUGUGAUUUCAGGCUCAAAAAGCUUCAUUGCCAGGGCAAAGAUUCUCAGGAAGACUUUAGGUGGUGGAAUGAGACAGGUAGGCGUCCUAUGUGCCCCUGCUCUAGUUGCAUUGGAAGAAAAUAUUAGUAAACUUGAAGGUGAUCAUCAAAAGGCUAAGAUUUUGGCAGAGGGACUGAACAAAAUCAAAGGAUUAAAAGUCGAUAUGGCUUCCGUGGAGACCAACAUUGUGUAUUUUGACAUUCUUGAGGGUUCAAAUAUCACGGAAACUCACUUAUGCAAGAUUCUAGAAGCGCAUGGUGUACUAACAAUGCCAGAAGGGCCACUCAAAAUGCGGCUUGUCGUUCACCACCAAAUCUCGGAAAGCGAUGUGCAGUACACGUUGUCUUGCAUUCAGAAAGCAGUAAUUGGGUUCGUUGAUGAAAAUGGUGACAAGUGAAGUUCCCCAUUUAGAAGAUCAUCGUUUGGGUUUAAUUAUGUUUGAUGUUUAUCAGAAAUUUAAAACCUUAAAAGUAGAAAACUAUAUCUGGAACUGUAGCUCUAAAAACAUUUGCAUAUCCACUAUUGCCAAAUUCUAGUUUUAUUUUGUGGAGUCCAUACUUUAAGGUU